CGCUCUCUUCUUUGUUUGGUGUCAUUGUUGCUGUUGCUUAAUCCUUUUGUCUUUCCCCAUCUCUUCGACUCACUACCUCUUUCCCAUUUUAUCAUCCAUUCCUAACUUGGCUCUCAUUCACCGUCUCUCUGUUUGGAACCCAAACUCUGCUCCUUUCAUUUCCUCCACCCUCUUCUUAGUUUCCUCUUAUUUUCUCACUUCCCAUCUGUUUUCCAACAUAACCUCCCAAAAAAAAAAAAAAAAAACCACCAUCUGUCUUCAUAGCUUGGUAAUCUACUCUUCACAUUCGGUCUCACAUCAGGAUCUGCUUGCAAAACACCAACUUCCUUUGUUCUCGUUUUGUCACACUGAAUCAAAUUGCAUGCAUUCCUCGAGCUUUCUCCAUCUCUUCACUCAUAUUCGCUACUGAUUCUGGUUUUCACUUUGUUGGUGACCGUCUCUCUGCUUGGAACAAAUACUCUGCUCCUUCCAUUUCUUGCACUCUCUUAUUUUAGUUUCCCCUUGUUCCUGCUUUCAUUUGUUUCUGUUUUUUCAUCAUUUCCCUUCUGUUUUCCCAACAAAACCACACACACCAAAAAGGAAAAAAAAAAUUCCAACUGAGACGAAAUGACAGAGAUCAUUAUUGCCGUUCCUGCAAAAGUUUCAGAGUACUUGGUUGCUCCAAUUGGACGCCAGCUUAGUUAUCUGUUUUGCUGCCGCAGCCACAUGGAUGAACUCGACAAGAAGAUUCAGGAAUUGGGGCGUGUGAGGGGUGACCUUCAGAUGGUUGUUGAUGACGAAACGAGAAGAGCGGGGUAUGAAAUCAGACCUAUUGUUCAAGAGUGGCUGAAUCGGGUAGAUGUGAUUACAGGGGAGGCAGAGGAAUUGAUGAAAGAUGAAAACAAGAGCUGUUUCAAUGGGUGGUGUCCUAAUCUCAAGUCACGGUAUCUGCUAAGCAGGAAAGCAUACAAGAAGGCGCAGGUUAUUGUUAAAAUCCAAAAAGAAUGCAUUUUCCCUCAUGGAGUAUCAUAUCGUGUCCCUCUACGGAGCCCAACCUUUAAAAAUUAUGAACUUCUUGAGUCAAGAGCCUCGACUUUGAACAAAAUUAUGGAUGCAUUAAGAGAUGAUAAGAUGAAGAUGAUUGGGGUAUGGGGGAUGGGCGGCGUGGGCAAAACCACACUGGUGAAACAAUUAGCUGAACAAGCUAAGCAAGAGAAUCUGUUCACCACAGAAGUCUAUAUACAGGUAUCUUGGACUCGAGAACCAGAAAAAAUUCAACAAGGAAUUUCGGAUAUUCAACAAAAAAUUGCAGACAUGUUAGGCUUGGAACUUGAGGAGGUGGCUAAAGCCGCUAGAGCAGGUAAACUGAUGGAGAGAUUGAAGAAUGAGAAGAUCCUUAUUAUCUUAGAUGACAUUUGGAAGGAAGUUAAUUUGGAGGAAGUCGGAAUUCCUUCUAAAGAUGAUCACAAAGAUUGCAAAAUAGUGUUGGCUUCUAGAGACGAAGACCUAUUACGCAAAGACAUGUGCGCACAAGAAUGUUUUCCAAUUCAACAUUUACAAGAAGAAGAAGCUUGGCAUUUAUUUAAGAAGACAGCAGGUGAUUCCGUGGAGGGCGACCAACUGCGACCCACAGCAAGGGAGGUAGUUAACGAAUGUCAGGGUCUACCAAUUGCAAUUGUAAUAAUUGCGAAGGCAUUAAAAGGUGAAAGCGUGGAUGUAUGGAAGAAUGCCUUGAAAGAACUGAGGGGUUCUGCUCCAACAAACAUCAGAGGAGUGAAGGAAAAGGUAUACACAUGUCUGGUGUGGAGUUACAACCAUUUGAAAGGUGAUGAAGUGAAGUCAUUGUUCUUACUUUGUGGUUGUUUGAGCAAUGGCGAUAUUUCAAUGCAUCAAUUGUUACAGUAUGCUAUGGGUUUGGAUUUGUUUUACCACCUCAACUCAUUGGAGGAAGCAAGAAUUAAACUAGUUACAUUGGUGAGAACCCUCAAAGCCUCAAGCUUGUUGCUUGACGUUGAAGAUGGAAAGAGUCAGGAGUCGUCAGGGUUGUUUAACGAGUUUGUCAGAAUGCAUAAUGUUGUUCGUGGUGUUGCCAGAGCAAUUGCAAGGGAAGAUCCUCAUCGAUUUGUGGUGGAAGAAGCUCUUGGAUUCGAAGAAUAUUGGGAAAUGAAGGAUGAGUUCACAUAUUGCACUCAUAUUUUGAUAGGCAGAGAUAUCCACAGGCUUCCAGGAGCAUUGGUAUGUCCCAAACUUGAAUUCCUUUUAUUGGAUGGUAAUAAUUCGUCCUUGAAAAUUCCAGACUCCUUUUUUGUAGUGACCAAAGAACUCAAAGUCUUGAGCUUGUCUGAAAUGUGUCUUACACCAUUGCCUUCAUCACUUCAUUUCCUUCCAAAUCUUCGAACAUUGUGUUUAGACCAAUGCCAGCUUGGAGAUAUCGCAAUAAUUGGAGAACUCAAGAAAUUGCAGGUUCUUAGUUUUGUGGGUUCCAAUAUUAAACAGUUGCCGAAAGAAUUGAUGCAAUUGAGUGAUCUAAGGUGGUUAGAUCUGCGGAAUUGCUCUUACCUCAAAGCAAUUCCACAGAAUGUCAUAUCAAGUCUAUCUCGAUUGGAGUGUAUGUGUAUGGAAAAUAGCUUUACUCAAUGGGAGGUUGAAGGAGUUAACAAUGGAGAAAGCAAUGCUUGCCUUUCUGAGCUCAAACACUUGUCUUGGUUGGGGGCUUUAGACAUAAAAAUACCUAAUCUAAAUUUGCUUCCACCAGAUAUGCUCUUUGACAACUUGACCAGAUAUAGAAUAUUAGUAGGUGAUCACUGGACGUGGCAUCAUACUUAUAAAGCCUCAAGAACGUUGAAGCUCAGUGAGGUUAAAAUUCAUCUGGUGAACUGGUUUUCCAAACUGCUAAAGAGAAUUGAAGAUCUAGAAUUGAGGGGAUUGGAUGAUACUAAACAUGUUGCUAACGAGUUAGACAUGGAAGGCUUUCUUGAGCUGAAGCAUCUCCAGAUCCAUGAUAGUCCCGGGAUUCAAUACAUCAUUAAUUCAAUGGAUCAGUGGGUCUCAUCACGUAGUGCCUUUCCUAUCUUGGAGGAGCUGCAUCUUCGGGACCUCAUUAACUUGGAUGCUGUAUGCCAUGGCCCAAUUCCAGUGGGGUGUUUUGGUAACUUAAGAAUUCUACAAGUGGGCAGAUGUAAGAAUUUGCAGUAUCUAUUAGUUCUUCCCACAGGAGAAAGAAGGGAACUAGUGUUUCCUCAACUGAUAUCCUUGAGCCUGGAAGAUCUACCAAAGCUCAGUAACUUCUACUCCACAGGAACCACUGCUACCCAGGAGUCAUUGACAAGCAAUGAAGGACCACAAGGAAUCUAUUCAGAGAGUAUGCUUUAUGCUCACACGUUAUUUUUCGAUCAGAAGAUUGCAUUUCCUAGAUUGGAGGACUUGGAUCUCUCCAACCUGGAUAAUGUGGAAAAGAUAUGGCACAAUCAUGAGUUUAUUGCAGAUUCCUUUGGAAAUCUAAAAAGAUUGUCUGUACGGUCCUGUCAAAAACUGCAGAACGUUAUUCCUUCCAAUGUGCUGAAGAGGCUACCGAGUCUACAAAUUCUGAAGAUAGUGGACUGUAAUUCACUGGAAGAGGUUUUUGAUCUGGAAUCCAUAGGUAGUGAGGAAAAUCAUGAUAUUCCUACCCUUCAGUUGCGAGAAUUGUGUUUAGAUAAUCUUGAGACGCUGAAGUGUGUAUGGAAUAAGGCUCCUCAAGGACUUCUUACCUAUCGAAACUUAAAGUCUGUACGAGUUUCUCAUUGUUCAAGUCUUAAAAUUCCUUUUCCAGGUUAUGUGGUGAGAAGCCUUCUGCAAGUUAAAGAAGUAGAUAUGAAUUCUCGUAGAGUGAAGGAAAUUGUUGCACACGAAGAUAUGGCAAAAGUAGUGUCCAUGUUCUUAUUCCCUGAAGUGACCUCUUUGACAAAUUCCUGUCUAAAAGAACUAAAAUGUUUCUAUCUGGGACUGCAUAAUUUGGAGUGGCCAAUGUUGAAGAGACUGGAGGUGGAAAGUUAUGAAAGUCUGGAGAUGUUGGCUUCUGAACUUGAUAAACCAGUUGAACAACCCAUCUUCCUUUGUGAUAAGGUUGCGUUCCCUAAAUUGGAGUACUUGAAUCUCUCUCUCAAGUUGAAGGAUCUUCAACCUUUAUUUGGAGCCUUCUCGAAUCUAAAGAUCCUAAUAAUUGAGAACUGCCCAUUUCUUUCCAAUGUUUUGUCAUCCAAUUUUGUGCAAAGCUUAAGCAAUUUAAAAAAGCUUACUGUGAAAAAAUGUGACCUACUUGAAGAAGUCUUUGAUCUUAAUGGACUUGAUGAUGCUGACAAUGAACAUGUUGAGAUGCUCUCAAAGUUAGAAGAACUGAGCUUAAUCGAUCUACCUAUGUUGAGAUAUAUAUGCAACAGCAGCCCUCGACAAGUUUCGUGCUUCAAGAACUUGGAAUUGGUGCGGGUGAAGCAGUGUGACAGCUUGAUGUAUCUUUUUUCAGCUUCCAUGGCAUUGGGUGUUGUCAAACUCAAACACUUGCGCAUAGAAAAUUGCCCUAUGAUAGAAGAAAUUGUCAUUGCAGAAAACGGAGCUACAGACAAGAUCACUUUUCCUCAGAUAACCCAACUUUCACUUCUAUCUUUGCCCAACCUCACAAGUUUCUAUCUAAGAACACAGAAUCUUGGGGUGCUCUUCAAUGAAGAGGUUGCAUUCCCUAAAUUGGAGUUCUUGUAUGUCACCGGCCUGGAUAAUGUGAAAAAAAUAUGGCAAAACCAACUGUUUGCAAAUUCCUUCAGCAAACUGAAGGAAAUGAAGGUAGAAAAUUGCUCUAUGAUAGAAGAAAUUGUCAUUGCAGAAAACGGAGCUAUAGACAAGAUCAUUUUUCCUCAGAUAACCCAAAUUUCACUUCUAUCUUUGCCCAACCUCACAAGUUUCUAUCGAAGAACACAGAAUCUUGGGGUGCUCUUCAAUGAAGAGGUUGCAUUCCCUAAAUUGGAGUUCUUGUAUGUCACCGGCCUGGAUAACGUGAAAAAAAUAUGGCAAAACCAACUGUUUGCAAAUUCCUUCAGCAAACUGAAGGAAAUGAAGGUAGAAAAUUGCAAUGAACUGCAGAAUAUUUUGACAUCCAAGAAUUGGUUGCCAAGUCUAGAGUCUCUUGCAAUAGACAGCUGUGAUGAAUUAAAAGUGGUUUUUGAUUUGGAAGUGAUAAAUGUUCCGGAAGAUGUAACAGACAGUCAGCCGAGUCAAUUGGGUUUAGAUGAUUUACAGAACAUAGAGCAUAUGUGCAACAAGGUCCUUGGAAAAAAAUUGUGCUUACAAAACCUGAAAUUUCUCAAGGUGCAUAACUGUGGCAGCUUGAAAAUGCUUUUCUCGCUCUACACAGAACCUGAAGGAAUAAAAGAAAUCAUCAGGCAGGGAGAAGGAGCUGAAGAGAUUAUUGAUAAGAUUGAGUUUCCUGAAUUAAGGUCUCUUUCACUUGAAUCUUUGCCCAGCCUAGCAAGUUUCUAUCCAGGAAGCCAUACUCUCAGAAGGCUUGGUCUGGGAGACCAUGAUAUCCUUACUCCAGUGCUCUUCAGCGAAAAGGUUGCAUUCCCUAACUUGGAAUACUUGCAUGUCUCUGGGCUGGAUAAUGUGAAAAAAAUAUGGCACAACCAACUGCUUGGAGAUUCCUUUAGCAAACUAAAGAAAAUGGAGGUAGAAAAUUGUAAUGAACUGCAGAAUCUUUUGACAUCCAAUGUGUUGAAUUGGUUACCAAGCCUAGAGUUUCUUAAAAUAGACAGCUGUGGUAAAUUAAAAGAGGCUUUUGAUCAGGAAGUGAUAAAUGUUCAGGAAGAUGUAACAGACACUCAGUUGAGUCAAUUGGUUUCAGAUGAUUUACAGCAACAAUCGCAUAUGUGCAACAAGGUCCUUGGAAAAUAUUUGUGCUUACAGAACCUGAAAAUUCUCAAGGUGCAUAACUGUGGCAGCGUGAAAAACAUUUUCUCGCCUGACAUGGCAUUGGGUCUUGUGCGACUUGAAGGAAUAAACGAAAUCAUCGGGCAGGAAGAUGGAGCUGAAGAGGUUAUUGAUAAGAUUGAGUUUCCUGAAUUAACCUCUCUUUCACUCAAAUCCUUACCCACCCUGGCAAGUUUCUAUCCAGGAAGCCAUACUCUCAGAAGAGUUGGUCCGGGAGACCAUGGUAUCCUUACUACAGUGCUUUUCGAUGAAAAGGUUGCAUUCCCUAGCUUGGAGUCCUUGAACAUCUCUGGUCUGGGACGUAUGCAAAAGAUAUGGCACAACAAGUUGAUUGAAAAUUCAUUUAGCAAACUAGCAAAAAUGAAGGUAGAAUGUUGUGAUGAACUGCAGAAUUGUUUGCCAUUACUUGUGCUGAAGUCGUCAAGCCUACAGAUUCUUAGAAUAGCUAAUUGUGGUAAAUUAAAAGAGGUGUUUGAUCUGGAAGGGACAGAUAUUCUGGACGAUGUAACAGAAACUCAGUUGAAUAAAUUGGUACUACAUUACCUCCCACAACUGCAGUAUAUAUGGAAUAGGGAUCCCUAUGGAAUUCUCACCUAUGAAAACUUAGAAUUGGUGGAAGUUCACCAUUGUCAGGUUCUGAAAGUUCAAUUUCCAAGUCCGUUACCCCGAGACCUUUCACAGCUUAAGAAGCAAUUGAUUAGAUCUCAUUGGGCAAAAGACUUAAGAGAGAAGGAUGAAGGAAAAGAUUUUGUAUUCCCUGAAGUAACCUACAAUGAACUUGAACUUCCCGAUCUGCGAAAAAUCAAGGGUAAAGAGGUGGUAGUGGUAGGUGGAAGUGAUUAUGUGGGCGAGAUUUCAGGAGACAUGCCUGGAAGUUCAGGAUAGUAUCCCAGUUCAAGGUUGGUUGCUUUCCCUGACUUGGAGGAACUUACAGUGACAGCUAAUUCCCAGCAAAAUCCUUCAAACUACAAGUUCUGGAGGUACUCUGCCAUCUUUAGAUAUUCUGGUACGUUGGAUUUGCUUCAUGCUUUCCUUCAUUUCAAGAGAAAGACAUGCUGCUAUGAGAGGCUCUGCAACGAUUUUUUUCCUCUGUUUCAAUUGAAUUUGACUGGGUUUUUCUUUCAGUAAAAUUUCAUAUAAUUGCCUCGACUUGAGCAAUAUACUCCUAAGCUGCUAUGCUACUUUGUCCCAAAACAGUUCAACUACUUCCUGCUUGAAAUAUGUGGUUGUAUAAACUUACACAUUUGCAUGCAGGUCUGACUUUUGAUUUUUUUUUUUUUUUUAAUGUACUCAUUAUAUAAUGAGUCUGUUCUUGUUGAGAAUCUUUCCUAAUAUCCAUCCAGAUUGUUGUAUGUUGUGCUUGUAACUUUGUUCCUUCUGAAUUAUAAAAGGUAAACAUUAUUUGA